ACCCUCCUCCUUCCCCUCCCGGCCACCCCGCAGCGCGGGGUCGGGGGCGAGCAGGCCGAGGUGACGGCUCCCCGCCCCGCGGCUUCCUGACACUCCGCCGCCCUCACACCCCGGCCCUCAGGCUCCCACAGGCUGCGGGCGAGGGAACCCCCAGCCCACCCCGGUGCUGCCGCAGCCGGGCCCUGGGGAACGGCUUGUGGCAAAGCUGUUCCUGGAGAGGCCUCCGCGGUGCCCUGUGCCAGUGACUCGUUUCUUUCCGCAGAAGGAGCGGUGCUGGGGUAGCAUCUGAGCACAUCUAGGUGGUGCUUUAAGGAGGCUGCCAGUGCUGCCGGGAUGUUUCUCCGAGUGCUGUCCGAUAUCCAGUGGCGGGCAGCCAACCCGAAAUGGAGGAGGAUGACCAGCUCCCGGAGAAGCACCUCAACCACAGCAGAACCUCACCCAGUUUCCUUGCCAGCACAGGCACAGGUUGUCAUCUGUGGUGGUGGAAUCACCGGCACCUCCGUGGCAUAUCACCUCUCCAAGAUGGGUUGGAAGGAUAUAGUCUUACUUGAGCAGGGCAGGUUGGCUGCUGGUACCACUCGCUUCUGUGCGGGCAUUGUGAGCACAGCCAGGCCCGUGUCCAUAGAGCUGAAGAUGGCACACUAUUCAAACAAGCUCUACCAGCAGCUGGAACAGGAGACGGGAGUGCCAACAGGGUACAUGAAGACAGGCUCUCUGUCCCUGGCUCAGACCCAGGACCGGCUGAUCUCUCUGAAGCGCAUCGCUUCCUCGCUGAAUGUGAUGGGCAUCCCCUGUGAAAUUAUCACCCCAAAGCAAGCGGUGCAGCUCCACCCGCUCAUCAACAUCCACGACCUCGUGGGGGCCAUGUAUUUGCCAGAAGAUGCGCUCGUGACAUCUGCCAAUGUGAGUCUGGCUCUGGCAACCGCGGCCUCACGAAAUGGUGUCCAGAUUCACGAAAGGACGAGUGUCAGUCACGUCACAGUCCAGAAGGGUCGUGUGACUGGAGUGGAGACUGACAGGGGGCGGAUUCAAUGCCAGUACUUUGUCAACUGUGCUGGCCAGUGGGCCUAUGAGUUGGGCCACUCUGGGGAGGUGCCAGUCCAUAUCCCACUCCAUGCCUGCGAGCACUUCUACCUCCUGACACACCCUCUGGCGGAGCCUCUGUCCAGCAGCUUACCCACUGUUGUCGACCCAGAUGGCAGGAUCUACAUACGCAACUGGCAGGGUGGCAUCCUCUCAGGAGGCUUUGAGAAGAACCCCAAACCUCUCUUCACGGAGGGACGGAACCAGCUGGAGAUUCAGAACCUCCAAGAAGACUGGGAUCAUUUUGGGCCACUUCUGAGCGCCCUCCUGCGCAGGAUGCCGGGUUUGGAGGCUCUGCAGAUCCUGCAGUUGGUGAACUGCCCCGAGUCCUUCACACCAGACAUGAGAUGCAUCAUGGGAGAGUCGCCCACCGCGCGGGGCUACUUCGUUCUGGCCGGCAUGAACUCAGCUGGGAUUUCGUAUGGUGGGGGAGCAGGCAAGUACCUGGCAGAGUGGAUGGUGAAUGGGUAUCCAUCAGACAAUGUCUGGCCUCUGGAUCUGAAGCGCUUUGGGACCCUCCAGAGCAGCCGCACUUUCCUCCGUCACCGGGUUAUGGAAGUCAUGCCCCUCAUGUGUGACCUGAAGGUUCCCCGCUGGGACUUCCAGACGGGCAGGCAGCUGCGCACGUCACCGCUGUACGACCGCCUGGACGCACAGGGGGCCAGGUGGAUGGAGAAGCACGGAUUUGAGAGAGUCAAGUAUUUUGUCCCGCCUGGAAAAGAUCUGCUGGAUCUGGAUCACAGCAAAACCUUUUACAAGCCAGACUGGUUUGAUAUCGUGGGUGCCGAAGUCAAGUGCUGUAAGGAGGCGGUUUGUGUGAUUGACAUGUCGUCUUUUACCAAGUUUGAAAUAAGUUCCACAGGAGAUGAGGCCCUGGAGAAUCUGCAGUAUCUCUUCUCGAAUGACCUGGAUGUGCCAGUUGGGCAUGUUGUGCACACAGGAAUGCUUAAUGAGAAAGGAGGGUAUGAGAAUGACUGCAGCAUAGCCCGGCUCAGCAAACGCAGCUUCUUCAUGAUCUCCCCCACUGACCAGCAAGUGCAUUGCUGGGCCUGGCUGAAGAACCGUUUGCCAGAUGACAGCAACCUGACCCUGGAGGAUGUGACCUGGAAGUACACAGCUCUCAAUCUGAUUGGCCCCCGUGCUGUGGAUGUCUUGUCAGAGCUGUCCUAUGCCCCCAUGACUGCAGAACACUUUCCCUCUCUCUUUUGCAAGGAGAUGAGCGUGGGCUAUGCUAAUGGCAUCCGUGUGAUGAGUAUCACUCACACAGGAGAACCUGGAUUCGUGCUUUAUAUCCCCAUAGAGUAUGCCCUCCAUGUGUACAACGAGGUGAUGAACAUGGGACAGAAGUACGGGAUCCGGAAUGCCGGGUAUUACGCGCUCCGCAGCCUGCGCAUUGAGAAGUUCUUUGCCUUCUGGGGCCAGGAUCUGGAUGCUUUUACCACUCCUAUGGAGUGUGGACGUGAGUUCCAGGUCAAGCUGGAAAAGGGCAUGGAGUUUGUCGGCCAGGAGGCGCUGCUGGAGCAGAAGCAGAACGGUGUGUACAAGCGCUUCACCAUGUUCAUCCUGGAGGACCAUGACACGGAUAUGGACCUCUGGCCCUGGUGGGGGGAGCCCAUUUUCCGCAACGGCCGCUACGUGGGCAAGACCACCAGCAGUGCCUACAGCUACACCCUGGAGCGCCACGUCUGCCUCGGCUUCGUGCACAACUUCGACGAGAAGACGGGAGAAGAGCUGGUGGUGACGACCGACUUCAUCAACCAGGGGGAGUACGAGAUCGACAUCGCUGGGCAGCGCUUCCAGGCCAAAGCCAAGCUCUACCCCUUCAGCUCCCUCUUCACGCAGCGGCGCCGCAAGGACGAGGUGGAACUGAGUGGCUACCAGACAGAGUAGUGCUCCCCAGCCCGCUCCUUGUCCCAAGCUGGAGCUUCUCCAUCUUCCAACCCUUUCUCCUCACCUCCUCAUAUAUUUCUUUUCCUUUCUUGUCUUGCAACUUUUAAACUUUUUCCAGCGUGUUACAUUUUGUAUAUUUUAAAACCUUAAUUUUCAACCUUUCCCACUCCUGUCUGUCUUCCUCCUUCAACCCUCGCCAGGCUCCCCCCAUGUCCCAGUGGAUGAAGCACAGUGCUGGAUGUGCAGGGGUGCCUGUGUAGGAGUGAACUGCACCAAAGGCCUUGGCCUUACGGUGAUGGGAAGGGUUGGGGUGACCCCCUGAGGACUACACCCUUCCUCUCUGCUCUCCAGCACAAGGCAGGGGACAGCCAGUCGUGCUGCCUGUGGUGCAGAUGGACGCUGUGACCUCCCCCUGCUCUCCACAGGGCACGUUGCAGAGGGGUGGGGGUGUCGACGCACACAGCAAUAGAACGCUCAGCUACCUCACUGGCACGAGACAGAGCCUUGGGUGAGCAGCAGCCAGGAGACAGGUGGGGGUGUCGUCCCGCCUGUCACUGCCCCCCUUUGUGCACCAUUUUGGUUUUUCCCUAACCAGGGAAUCAAGUAAGUUUAACAUCAGAGCGUUGAGGUGACAGUAGCACUGGUAAGUUUGCUGUUGUUGGGAUUGGAUUUUUUUUUGCCUGGGGGUCGCUGAAACUAAAUGGCCUUCUAUAAUUAUAGUUGAAGAUCAACACGUGCAUUUCAAUUCUAUAAAGGAAUGUUGUUUUUUUUUUUAAUUAGCAAAAAUACUGAUUUUUAACAAGGACAUACAUUAGUGUUUAAUGUUAACAGCAGUGUUGAAAUGCUGCUUCUGUUUAAGCUGCACAAUAUACAGUCCCUUUGGGGAUUGUCUUUCACUUUGUUUAUGUGACUUGGUCAAACUCUUCUGGCAAGGUUCAUGUAAAACCUGUGUUGGUUUGGGGAACUUGAGCAGCAGGAGGGGACAACAUCUUGUAGUUUUAGCUGCCCGUGGUUAUUUUGAAGUUAAAGACCCAGCAUUUGUCUCACCUGUGGUGCAAGAAACACUGGGUUUUCUUCUGCUGGUUAGAACACAUCUCAGCAGCUUCUGCUGGACUGGAGAAGUCUUGUGGUUUUCUUCUCAAAUCUGUUACACUUCUUUCUUCUCUCUCAGUAGUACCUCAUCUGAAGGGGUUGAAUAUGGGAGUGAAGGGAGCAUGGCAGUGGGAUUGUGAAUUGCUUUCCUUCAGCACUGCUCUUUGCAUCUGACUUCUCCUGCAGGUGCUCCAGACAGUGCAGCUGGGAUUCACCCCUUCUUCAUGUGUCAAAAUGUGCCGGUUCGAACACUGCUGGUAAAUGGUGUAGAAGUGGGGGGGUUGCUGAGUUGCAUUGUGCACAUGUACAUCUUUUUCUUCUUCACGUUUUGAGCACAAUCAAAAGCAAAGACUCUUUUUAUUUACUUGAAAAAGAUCUGUUAAACAUUUUCCUUGCCUCUGUCGUGGUCUUUCUGCUCCAGCAUUUCUUCCAGAGUUCAAACACAACGUUGCACUGGCGUCUGCCCUGUCAGCCAUGAUGAACACUUAUCUCUAUGAUCUCAAAUCUUUUUUGGGCACUUUAUUUUCCAGUUAAAUGACGAGCAUCAAUGGUGUAAAUAUGAGCUCAAAACCUUCCCUGGUUCUUGUUUUAGGUUUGCUUUCUGCUGCUUUAGUUGCUCCAGGUCGUGCCUUCAGUUGAGUCUGUGGCUGCCAGUUUGGGGAAGGGUGUAAGGGAAUUAGGGAUCUGAGCAUGUGGUGUAGUAGGCUGAACAUAGAUGUCACUUCUUCGAGCGUGUGUUCCUUUGUCAGUGAUGAGUUUCAUUGUAGUGUGACCUCUUCCAGGAUUUCAAACUUAGUUUUGAACUGACAUGCAGAAUUUCCCAGUCUCUGAAAUGGAGUGGCCACCAUGGGACAGCUUAGUGAGAUCUCACAGCCCAGAGAACUCUGCACAGCUGCUGUAGGCGGAGAUUCCUCCUGCCUGCCACUUCUUCCAAAUUCCCCUGUUAUUGUUCUCUGAAUUGAAAUUUUGCCUGGUGUGUUAGAAUUAAUUGCUUUAAAUGAAAGGUUCAUAAAGCAUCUAAUAGCAGUUUAAACUCUGUAAUUACUUCUUGCAUAUCUUUUCUGCCUGGAGAGAUACCGCGAUCCCACUGUUCCUGUGCUGGACGUACGUACCAAGGAGGACCUUGGUCUGUCUACACUGGUUUUAUGGGAUGUUGCUUUGCCUUCCUUAUCCAGGGAAACAGGUGCUCAGCCAAAGAAAGAGUUUUGUACUUCAAACUUAGGGUGUGUCUUAGAGCAGCCCUUCUGGUUAGGGUUUAUUGACUGUUUGUUGUUGCUGGUGAGGCAAGAUACUUCUUCAGGAGAAGGCAAAUUAUAGGGCCAAGGUGUGCUGAGGUGCAUCAUGCAACUCCUGAAGAGAGAUUUUAGCUGGGACCGUUCAGUUUGUUCUCUGCAGGGUUAGAACUAGUUAAGACCAAACCAAGGGAAGUUAGCAGCAUGCUGUCCUUCAUUCCUGAAGGAUCAGCCUUAAGUUGCAGCCAGAUUAUAUUCCUCCUUGUGAUUAUUUUUCCUUUUCCCUAAUUUAUAGGUGCCUGUUAUUUCCUCAGGCAACUUUUCAUUCACUGGUGUCUCUUCUCCGGGAGUUCUGACAAUAAAAUUGUGGUUUAUGAGCUACUUUUGUCAUUAUGUCUGCUAAGGUUUAUUUUAUGCCUGGAAGGUUUAUUUUAUGUCUAGAUCUAUUGACUUUUCCAUACCAAAAAUAGAGAGCGAAAAUAGUUUUCUACCCUGCUGAUAGAUAUAGCAACACUUUUUGUAAUGCUGUGUGUGCCGUUUGAGACUUGGGUGGUUUGGUAAUUGUCAGUCUUGCAGCUCAUUAACGCCUACUCUGGCCUUCUCUGCUGUGAAUUCUGGUUCUUGUUUUGUAUCAGAACCUGAGAGCUCUUCGGCUGCUGUUCAGGCUCAGUCGAUGUAACUUCUGGUGUAGCUAUUUUUAACCUUACAGUGGUAAAGAAUAGUUUGUCUUCACCAACUUGAACACCCGUCAAGGGGACAAUUGGAUCACGUUUUAAAAUAGUGAUUCUGAGACUGAGGAAGGUCCUGCUAGUGUAGUGUUUUCUUCUAGAGGUAUUAAGCAGUGACGUGUAAGACUAAUCCCUUAUCCGAUGAUUAAAGUGGAGUGCCUAAAAAAAGAACAACAAAAUCUGUUGAGUACCUUUAGUACACCUUCAAAUCAGAAAAUUAAAUAAUCUGGUCUUGGAAGUGGCUGUGGCACAGUCUUAGCAUCUAAGAUGGUAAAUAACAUGGACUGUAAAAUUCUACAUCCUGAUUCUCAUCCUUAAAACUGUCUUAAAAUGCCUUCUGCUGAGAAAGGUGGUUUGUUCUCAUUCUGAAUGGUAAGACUGUGCACCUUGGACUGGGAAACACUAGAACAGCAUCCCUCUCUGCUGCAGUGGAAGGGGAAACAGCCUCAUUCUGUGCUGAAGCAGCAGCAGGUCUGCCCUCUGCACCUCGUGUGUGUCAGUCACAGGGUUGUUAGCAGUUCUCUGAGUUUUGCUGUCCAGAAUGGGAACAGCCCUGUAGAUUCUGUUCAUAGUGGCAUCCUGGGAGGGAAGCUAAUGAGUGAAUCCAUCUAAAUGUGCAUGCAUGGGAAGGGCUGGCUUGCCCAAGUGUUGUUUGUAGUUUGGGGAACUUGGAGAAGAGGUACCACUUCCUUCCAUUAAAUGAUUUUUCUGGAGGUAUUACGUUGUCUUAACCUUGUUGUGUCCUUAUGUUCUCAUGUUUUGUUGGUCUUUGAGUACUGCAAGGCUUGAGUAAAACUGGUACUAUAGAAGAGAGACUUUAUUGUUCAUAUUUAAUGAUCUGAGGAUAAAACAAAUGCAGCCUAUUUUGGAAUGAUGUUUUCUGUUUCAGGAGAAUGUGUUACAGUCAUUUUCACAUCUGUUUUUGCCAGACUUGGUUUCUUCUUGUUUUUCCUGUGCUGCCUCCUGUUUCUAGAUUUGACAGGCUUUGCUGGACAGUUUCUUAUUUUGUGGCAAGGAGGGGAGGCUGUGUGAAACAACCACUGCAUCUCCAAGUCCUGGUGUAAGCUUGGAUUCCUCCUUUCUACUGUUGCAUUUGAGCUGCCACCAAUCAUUUGCUGUUCCUGCAGCACCUCCAAACCCCAGCCUGUGCUGCUGCAGGAUUUCUCAUGCACAGGGUUCUUCUCUUCCUUCUACCUGAUGCUUUGUCAUCAGAGCUGGGUUGGCUCUAGAUCUGCCUCUCUGCAUCAGCUUAAGCCCUUCAGCUUUUAGAUGGUGCUGAUACCAAUAUCUGAACAUCCAGGCAGGUUUGUGGUCACUGUAUAUCCCAUCAUUUAACCUUCCCUUUCCCUGUGCCAGGGUUUUCCCACUGUCCUUACCACUUCUCUAGUCACAUUAGUCCCUUUUGCCCAUCAGAGAGCGAGGCAUGGCAAAAUAAAAACAGGAGAGGGGGUGGCAGAGUGGCUGAGCUGAGGUGGAAGGAGAGACAUGGUAGAGGUUUGAGCUGGUGCCCAUUACUUAAUUCCUUAAGCCCAGCCUUAGAGAGAUGAUCAGCCUGGAUUCCCAGCUCAGGGAGCAUCUUCCUCUGCAGCUUUGGUGCUGGACAGAUGAGAGCCGUGGCUCUGGGCCACGUUGGGACUGCAUUAGCACUUGUUUCCAAGCACGUUUCCCUCUCUCACUGGGAUGGAAACGGUGCCACAUAGGUGAGGUGGGAACUGUGAGCACUUGAUUGCCCCAAACACUUUGGUCUCUCUCUGGCACAUUCUUGCAGCUGUAAAGGUACAGCACUGGCACUGCUAACCUUGUCCUUCCAGGGCAUUUGAAUGAACCAGAGUGGUUAAAUUUUGGGAAGAAGUCUGUAAAACCAAGGUAGUUUCUGUGUUGGGAGAGGGGGCAGCUGCUUGGAAGGGCAGAAGUUGUUUUUAUUUAAAACACAACACUUGGCUGCUGACAAUGUCGAGCAAAAUAUUCACAACCUUUAGGUUUGUCUUCCCAAAUGAGUUUAUUAUAAUACUUGGUCAGAUUAAUUUCUGCUCAUUUCAAGAUGGUUUUUUUUUGUUUGUUUUAAACUACCUUUUCCUUAGCUGAUUGUUUGUAUUUUUAUUUAAAAAAACAAAGCAUUCAGUCAGGGAACAAGACUUGGGGGAAGGAGGGGGUUAGGGUCAUCAGAUGACUUCAAGCUGUCACUAAAAAGUAUUGGAAAAUUUUCUUUGCACUUUAAACUUUCCUUAAGCAUUAUGGCUGUAGCACCAUGCAUUUAGUGCUUUUAGCCCUCUGCAUGAGUAGUCUUUGCAUUUGAUAGGAAAAAAACCCUUUAAGUAUUUAUAAAUGCCUUAAAGCUCUGAGUGUGGUGUUUGGGCACUGACUGUACCUGCCAUGGUACAAUUUGAUUUCCUUCCUGGAAAGCUGUGUGCUGAGCACCCAGAGCUGCUAUUGAGCAAGCACUGGGGGAUGGGGGAUGCUGCUGUUGCAGUGUGAGGCUGGAAUUUGUGUUGAGCUGGGAGCCCCUGUGCCUGUUCAGCUGCUGGGCUGACACCUUCCUGUUUGGUUUUCCCUCCGGAAACGGAUUUAUUCACUUUUUCUUCAUGGUGUAAUGGGUUUUCUUAUUUCUUAAAGAAGCCUGGGCUGGUGCAGAGUACUCUGUGAGUGUCCCAUUGCAUUAAAGGAAACAAAAUUCUCUGCUUGAACGCUUCCCUGCUGUACCAUCUGACAUUUGCAGGCGGGAGUCAGCAGAAGCGGGAGCAGAGGGGAUCUGCCGCUGCCCACAGUGUUUGCUGAGAUGGCUCUGAGACUUCUCAUCUCCCAUUUGUCUCAAAGCUGAGCUGCAUGCCCAGUGUCAGGCUGGCUCCUGUGCUGGCAGCACAACCAGAGCUGGCACACUGUGCUGAUGUGCUGUGUGAGAUCCCACCUGCUCGGAUCGGGAAUCCCCACGAGCAGGAGCGGGAAUCAUCAGGAAGGUGUUCCGAGCUAUACUUACUGAUUUGUCCAUGCUGGUAACAGUUGAUCUUCCCACACGGACUCUUGACACCUGCUACAAGCAGAGCAGAUACUUGGGAGCCAUCAGCCAUCCCAACUAGGACCUGAUCCAUUCUCUGUGUGCGAGAAGAAUCCUGUGCUGUCUGCCUUUUUACUUGCCGCCGCUGAGAUUUUUUUCCACACUCAAAUUCCAUAUUCUUCCUGUAGUGGAGCAGAUUUCACUUCUUCCAGUGAAACCAGAGGCAGGGUAAUGUCCCUGAAGUCUCUCAUGGGUUCUCUGUCUCUUGGUCAGGCUUGCAGCAGGACGCUCAUCCAAACCCCUUCAUGCUUUUGUCUCCCAAGAACAGAUUUUAAAGGGCUGGGAGGAUUUCCGAUGAGUGCUGCUACCGAAAUUUUAAGAACAACUGAAGUUUGAACCUGUGAAAACACUUUUCUAGUGCCUUACGCCUGUGAAUGUUGUGCAAUGGAUGUAGCUGAUGUGGGACAGAGCAAGGAGCAGCUUUCAGCAGCACGGUUCCCCAUCCACUACGGCCUCUCCCCUCGCAGGGGCCUGGCAAGCAGAUGCCAGCAGGUCGGCUCUGGCAGCUUGGGGAGGCUCUUUCUUUGCAAUGUGGGGUCAGAGAAACCUUGUGCCAGGUGCUCUGCCUUUGUGGGGAGCAGUGGUCUCACCUCUGCAGGGUUUGGAUUCGAGGGGGUUUAGGAGAGACGAGGCUGCUCUGAUUGCCAGGAGGAGGACGUGGACAGUUGUUCCCAAGCGCACAAGUCAGGGUGAGUUUGCUGCUCCCCACUGAGGCCAUGUUGUCAUAUAUGCUGUAUUUAUAUCAUGCUUGAUUUCAUUUCAUAUUUUGGUUGGCUUAAAUGUUGCUAGGUUUGUAUAUUAAUAAAGAGGCAUUUUAACUA